UCUGGUGCCUUGACGUCCAUUCAACCGCUCAGGCGCUCAAUAACUGAAGCACAAAUUAUACUUGGCACUAUUCAAGGAUCGCUUUACAACAUGACAAUCCUCAAGAGAAGCGCAUUCUCCUUUUCGCGGCCUUUAACAACGUCAGAGUUGAAGGCCCCAAACAACCAUCGAAGGACCCUCAGCGCGAAGAUGAUAUCUGCACCGAUGGUCCACUUUACCUCGAUCGACUCUUUCCCCGACCUCAUGGCAACAAUCGAUGGAGCGAAGUUGUCAGAGCGGGCUUAUGUCUACGAGACGCCUUUAGCCAGCGUGAGGGAAGAUCAGGCUUUCCGCUCGGAGCAUCACUGUACUCAAUCUGUGCCUUUACACUGCGAACCCACUGUCCCCCAGCACUUCUCUCUCGUUUCAUUGACAUCCGCACAAUGUCGCAACGAUAUCCGGAGGCGUGUCGAGGGCUUUGAGAUGGCUCGUAUAGACAGCGCCUCCAGGACGCGAGACCCACAGUUGAUCCCACUCAAAGACGCGUUCUUCAGGGAUGACAUCCGAAGAAGGGGCGAGGGCUUCGAACAACUCGCUCAGGUGGAUACGGAACGAGUGUCUCGCAUGGGCUCUGACUUGCUGGAAGGCGACGAGGCCGUGAUAUUCCCCUGGUCCGCGGAUGAUUCGGCCCCCCUCAACUCUCCCAGUCCACAACUAUCAGCGACCUCCACGCUCCCAUCAGUAUAUUCUCAAGGGAGCUGGGCGGGGAACUUUAGCGACGACGGGCUACCUUGCUCGUCCGAAGUGGUUUCUCAGCGCGUCCUGGAACGUACCGUUGAAGGCGUGGACGGAGACGUGAGGGAAGCGGAAGCGUUCACAUCCUCAGGCAGCUCGUUUGAUGAAGAAAGUUUCUUACGCAUGGCGGCGUCUCUGGGGUGGUGACAGGCUCGUCUCUACACGUUCUGUGUCCGCUGGCUGGCUUUAUGCUGCUGCUAUCCUUUGUCUGAUGUAACUGGUUGCUGUUAUCGAUCAUUAUCUGUGAUGCUUAACGUUCUACCUAUAUGUUGACCUGAUCGUUGGCGCAAAAUGUGAAAGUUUGUUAUCCCAUUGCCAAAGGACUUCUGUCGAUCGAGAUCAGUUGUCACGCAAGAUUGUCCUGCGAUCAUGCUGAGGAUCCGGGUGCUUCAUGAG